CGUUAAUGGGCUUACGUAGUUUUGAGGAACCCUAUUUUUCCCUCUUAAUUAGGCGGCGGAAAGGUUUUUCCGGUAUCAGAAGCUUUGUGGUUUCUUGAGCGAUUCUCUCUGAAGUAGCCUUCUCCGACCGACUACAUCUCCGGUGUACCUGCUUUUUGUUCAGACCACAACUGCAGUUUAGAUAAUAAUGUCGGAGGUUAAACCAUUGAUCGGUCUUAAAUGGGAACCAAAGCUUCCUUCCUUAGCUUUAGACUCCAAAACUGGUUCCAGUUCAAGUAAAGUAGCUGAGAGACACGAAAGCAGCUCUCUUUGGACGUCUAAGUCAGAGCUCGUUGAUGGUCUUUGUCUUCCACCUACUGAUCCAAAGAAAGUCAACAAGAUGAUUAGAAAGCAAAUCAAAGACACCACUGGAUCAAACUGGUUUGAUAUGCCUGCACCAACAAUGACUCCUGAGUUGAAAAGAGACCUUCAGUUGCUUAAGUUGAGGGAUGUAAUGGAUCCUAAGAAACACUACAAGAGAGUUGCGUCCCAGUCAAAACUAGCUGAAAAGUAUUUCCAGGUUGGUACAGUAAUUGAACCAGCGCAAGAGUUCUAUGAUCGACUGUCAAAGAAGGAUAGAAAAACAAGCCUUGCUGAAGACUUGGUUUCAGACCCCAAAGUUUCUCAGUACAGGAAGCGUAAAGUGAGGGAGAUUGAAGAGAAGAACAGAUCUAAUCAGGAUAAGAGGUGGAAGAGAAAGGGAAGUGACUCCAAGAAAACAAAACAUAGAAGGCACUGAAUUGCAUUUACCAGAGAAUAUGAUCUCGUUUUUGGUUCACCUUAUCUUGUAAUGACAGACUACUGUUUGUUGUUUUACGGCCUUCGUUUGAAGGAUUGGCUCUGCUGUUUACAUGUCUGGAUAAUUAAAAAGCUUUGAUUGGAAUUGAAUAGAUCAUAAGAGUAUUUUGAUC